AUGCACAACAACCAGAAAGAACACCUCUACAAGAUCCUGGUUAUAGGAGAUUUAGGAGUGGGUAAGACCAGCAUCAUCAAGCGCUACGUCCAUCAGACCUUCUCCACCAACUACAGAGCCACGAUAGGAGUGGACUUCGCUCUCAAGGUCCUCAACUGGGACUCAGAGACCGUCCGGCUGCAGCUGUGGGACAUCGCAGGCCAGGAGCGUUUCGGGAACAUGACGCGGGUUUACUACCGAGAGGCCAUGGGGGCCUUCAUCGUGUUCGACGUCACCAGACCCGCAACGUUUGAAGCGGUCACCAAGUGGAAGGAGGACCUGGACUCCAAGUUGACGCUCGCCAACGGCAACAGCAUCGCCACCGUGCUCUUGGCCAACAAGUGUGACCAAAGCAGAGACGUUCUGGUCAAUAACGGCAUCAAGAUGGACCAGUUCUGCCAAGAAAACGGAUUUGUGGGAUGGUUUGAGACAUCAGCGAAGGAAAACAUCAACAUCAACGAAGCUGCAAACUUCCUGGUCAAGCACAUCAUCGCCAGCGAGAUCGACAUCCUCAAAUCGGUGGUUCCCGACACCAUCUCACCCCAGGAGUCUCCAACAAAAGACAUGAGCUGCUCCGGGUGUUUUAAAUCCUAA